AUGGCGGGUGAAGCUGAUAUGCCGACCUUCAAGCUCGUGUUGGUUGGUGAUGGUGGUGUUGGCAAGACUACUUUCGUGAAGCGUCACAUCACCGGAGAGUUUGAGAAAAAGUACAUUGCGACUCUCGGCGUAGAAGUUCACUCCUUGGUGUUUCACACUCAUCGAGGAAAAAUUCGUUUCAACGUGUGGGACACUGCGGGUCAAGAGAAGUUCGGCGGACUCCGUGAUGGCUACUACAUUCAAGGACAAUGUGCCGUGAUUAUGUUCGACGUUACUGCCCGAGUCACUUACAAGAACGUUCCGAAUUGGCACCGAGACCUCGUGCGUGUAUGCGAAAACAUCCCGAUCGUCCUGUGCGGAAACAAGGUGGACAUCAAGGACAGGAAGGUCAAGGCCAAGAGCAUCGUGUUCCAUCGGAAGAAGAAUCUUCAGUACUAUGACCUUAGCGCCAAGUCCAAUUAUAACAUUGAAAAGCCCUUCCUGUGGCUCGCUCGGAAGUUGAUUGGAGACCCGAAUCUUGAGUUUGUGGCUGCACCUGCUAUUGCUCCGCCCGAGAUUCAAAUGGACCCGGUGUGGCGGCAGAAGAUAGAAGACGAACUGAAGGAGGCCCAGAACACUGCUCUACCGGACGAUGACGAAGAUCUUUAA